AUGAAAUUAUUGUCCUACUUUAUCUUUAAAGUGUUCUUCUUGUCUACGUUUAUACAUAUCGCAACCGCUGUUUCGUUUCAUCAAAAGCCUUUCCAAAUGCAAGCUACUCACCAACCUCGUUUAUUUGAGCUACUAGCUGGUUCAAGGGAUUGCAAUAUUUUUUCAGACAUUCUUAUGCAAUUUCCUGAGCUUGUUGAAAGACUUAAAAGUAGUGAUGAACAUACUACGGUUUUGGUACCCACGGAUUUGGCAUUUCAAAAUUUGAAAGUAAAGCCAUGGAAAUUGGAUACAUUGGAAGCUAAGUUUGAGAUGCCUUCUGAGCCAGUUCACAUCACUGAAGAACAAGCUCAAGGAAAUUUGCAUCAUUUCAUUAAAUCCCACUUUGUCUCUGUGAAUCCUUCUCAUGGUAAUGGAGAAUGUAAGUCAUUAAGUGGAUCAACCAUAAAUGUCAUUAAACAAAAAGAUAUUCUUUACCUAAAUGAUUCAGUACAAGUGCUUUCUAUCAAAAGAGCAAGCAAUGGAGAAGUGUGGAUUCUAAACAAUACUUUAUCUGCACCAAGUGUUCGAAAGCAAGUAUAA